GGAUAUAGAGGAUGGGUUCAUUUUUUUCAUGGAGGAGGAUAUAGAGGAUGGGUUGGAAUUGUAUAUUUGAAGAUAUGGAGCAUGGAUUGGAGAUGCUCUGAAUCAGAGUCAAUGGAGAAGAAGAAAGAAGAGCCAUUGAAGACACUACAGAUGAAGAUGAACGCAAUGAUUGUUUUCAUUUUCACUCUCCUGUUUCUCUCCACUCCAUCAUCAUCAUCCUCAGUCCAAUCUGAUCCUCAAACUGUCUGCAUAAUCGGAAGCGGCAUCGGCGGCUCCUCCGUCGCUCACUUCCUCCGCCAAUACUCCGAUCAAUCUCCUCCUCCCAUCGGCCUAAUCCGAAUCUUCGAACGCCGCGGCCGCGUCGGAGGCAGGAUGGCUACUAUCUCCCUCGCCGGCGACACCUUCGAAGCCGGAGCUUCCAUUCUCCACCCCAAGAACUACCACGCUGUUAACUUCGUCAAAUUUCUCAAUCUAACCGUCAAGCAGGAUGAUGAAGACGACUCCUCUUCUUUCGGGAUUUGGGACGGCCAUAAAUUCGUCUUCAAAACCCUAGACUCGAAUUCUAAGUUUCCUUUUUUCCAGAAGAUCGCAUCGCUACUCAAUUCAUUCCGCAUGUUCUUUCGUUAUGGAUUCUCUCUCUUCAAAAUGAGUAACUUUGUCGAGAGUGCAGUGGAUAAAUUCUUAAAUUACUAUAAAAGCUGUGAAUCAAGGCCAGUCUUUGAGAGUGUGGAUGAGAUGCUUAAAUGGGCUGGUUUGUAUAAUCUCACCACCAGGACAUUGCAAGAGGAACUGGUAGAUGUUAGGUUGUCUCCUUUGCUGAUACAAGAGCUUGUUACAGUAAUCACGAGAAUCAAUUAUGGCCAAAGUGUCAGCAUCAGUGGAUUUGCUGGUGCGGUUUCAUUGGCAGGAUCUGGGGGAGGGUUGUGGGCAGUUGAAGGAGGGAACUGGCAGAUGGCUGCUGGAUUAAUUAAUACUUCAGAUGUUGAAUUGCACCUCAAUGAAGAAAUAGCAUCAAUUUCUUACCUUGGAGAUUAUUAUGAGCUUAACUCAACCAAUGGAAAUAGUUACACAUGUGAUAUCACUGUGGUUGCUACACCCCUAGAUGAGAUAAAUAUUCGUUUUACACCUGCAUUUUUAAUUCCUAAUAGGCAAUUACAACAUACCCAUGCAACUUUUGUGAGGGGAUUCUUGAAUCCAGCAUAUUUUGACCUGCAUUCUGCAUCAGCAAUUCCAGAACUGGUGGGCACUGUAGAGAAUUCUGAUAUUCCAUUCACAAGCAUUUCUGUUCUCAAGCAACACAGUAAGAAUGAUAUGAGCUACAAGAUAUUCUCCCGUGAAACAGUAGCAGAUGCAUUGCUCAAUCGCAUUUUUAGUGUGCGGACGGCGACAAUUAGAAUAAAUUGGGGAGCUUAUCCUCAUUACAAGGCUCCGGAAAGGUUUGCACCAUUUAUUUUGGAUGGCCGGCAUUUGUACUAUGUGAAUUCAUUUGAGAAUGCAGCCAGUACCAUGGAAACAAGUGCUGUUGCAGCCGAGAAUGUAGCGCGACUCAUCCUAUCGAGAUCCUCUAGUCAAGUCAAAUCAAGUUCAUCAAACUUGAAGAGCUCUAGCCCUGAUGCACACGAUUUGUAUUCAGAUUUGUGAGUUAAUCACGAUCCUAUUCAAUCCAAUGUAUAAGCCUUGUUCUGUUUUGUAUGUGAAUUUUUGUUUGUAUGUGUGUGUUUGUGGCUUAAAAUACACGUUUAACAGUUUGUCCAAACUAGAUAUUAAUAAGUCAUGUCGGAUUGAAUAGGAUAAGAAAAAAACAAAUUAAGCUUUUAGAGAUUCAAACAAUGUUGCAGUUUGAAGAUGUUUGUACAUUAUUGUAAUUCUGAGCAUGUCCAUCUGUCCUAGACUACUCUCUCCAGUUAUGCAUAGUCAAUUUUUCGCUCUU